AUGUUCAUCCUCCUGAUUUCAAUUCUGGUCGGAGCCCAUGCCGAAGAGCUCACUGGAAAUGCUGAACAUGCCCAUCGACUAGUUCGAGAUUUCUACAAGAAAGCGAAACAUGGAACUAUAGAAGAAGCCAAGAUGUUUCUCGAUGAUCGAUUUGUAUACAAAUCAUAUAUUGGACCAGAUUCGAAUGGUGAAGGCUUCAUCAAACUUGUGGCAAAAGAUGGUGCCGAAGUGAAUUUGGAUAAACCAGAACUUGUUGACAAUGGAAAAGACAAGGUUGUUCUGGUCUACACAAAUAAGAAUAUCAAAUUGAGUUUUGAGUUGAAGAUGACGAUUAAUGUGAGCAAGAUAGGAAGUUUUAAGUUGGGAUCAGUUGUUCGUGCAUUUGUGAAGAAUGAGUAUUAG